CUUUACCGUAGCAACAUGGCUGCUUGGGCGAAACAAGCCAUGUCUAAGUUCCGUUUGGCAGUGGUCCAGAUGAAGGUGAGCGGUGUGAAGGCGGAGAACCUGAGCGCAGCCCGCAGGCUGGUGAAGGAGGCGGCAGGAGCAGGGAGCAGCCUGGUGCUCCUGCCGGAAUGCUUCAAUUCUCCCUAUGGAACCAGUUUCUUCGCUGAGUACUCUGAACGGAUGCCAGGAGAGUCCACCCAGGUACUCUCAGAGACUGCCAAAGAGAACCAUGUCUAUCUAGUUGGAGGAUCCAUUCCUGAAGAGGAUGGUGGGAAGCUGUAUAACAGUUGUCCAGUCUUUGGUCCCGAUGGCGAGAUGAUACUGAAACACCGGAAGAUUCACCUUUUUGACAUUGACGUUCCCGGGAAAAUCCGUUUCCAGGAGUCUGAGACCUUGAGCCCAGGCAACAGUUUAUCAGUGUUUGAGACACCGUUCUGUAAAGUUGGUGUGGGGAUUUGCUAUGACAUAAGGUUUGCAGAGCUGGCCCAGCUGUACAGCAGGAAAGGCUGUCAACUGCUUGUUUAUCCUGGAGCCUUCAACAUGACAACUGGACCAGCCCACUGGGAACUCCUACAACGGGGGAGGGCGCUGGAUAACCAAGUGUAUGUAGCCACUGCGUCACCCGCCAGAGAUGAAACAGCUUCUUAUGUUGCAUGGGGUCACAGUACUGUUGUAAACCCAUGGGGAGAAGUUAUCUCCAAAGCUGGGCCAGAAGAAGCUAUUAUUUAUGCCGAUAUCGAUCUGCAGUAUUUAGCAGACAUUCGCAAACAGAUUCCAGUCAUAUCGCAGCGCCGUGAUGACCUCUACUCAGUCACCGUUGUGCAGGAAGGCUCGAGAUGAACAAUGUUACACUGACAGACGAGGUGCAAAGGUACCGAUGCAAACCGUUCAGCAGAUCCCUGCUGCUGCAGCACGUCUUCUCCCACCGCACACAAAAACCUUAAUUUUGGAAACAGAUGUUGGGACUGAAAGUGAUUUACUGAUCCCUCUGACAUCUGCACACACUGAUGCUGCUGAUGACGACAUACGCGAGGAAGCAUAAUUCUUACUGUUUGCUGCUGUAAGGAUUAGGCAAAAAAAAGGACUUUUUAAGUCACUUAUACUGAAUCAUAGGUGAAAUUAAAGUUUAGGUUUAUUGAUUGUAGCUUCUCUGAAGUGUAAAUCUGCGGGGUUUUUUUUUUUUAAUGUAAGCGAUUUUAAAAUGAAACAGUUGAUUCAAUAAAAUAUCCAAUUUGAAGACAUCACUGAGGCAAUAAUAACAAAUAGAUGAAGUAAAAUAAUUCACCCCACAUACAUGGUCAUAAAAUGAAUAUGAAGCAGAAAGUAAAGCCUCAACCUUCUGUGAUGUGAUGUAGUUCAAAGUGAAAUAAUAGGACUGAUAUCUAUUAUUUGAAAGUGGGUGGGACUUGUCAAGCAGUCUCAUGAGUCAUUAUAACAAGUGAGGAAACAACAGGUGCAGUUUUAUAACAGGGUUAAAGGAUAAGUUCACUUUUUUACAAGUCAUUAAAAUGUCAUUAGCAAUCAAGCCUCUCAGUGACCUACUUGAUCCUUGACAACUUAUGUCCACAGACCGCUUGGGAAGGCCAGAGGCUUUGCGUGUUUCUCCAUGCUGAAGUGGAGUUGUGUCAGGGGGGCAUCCGGUGUAAAACUGGCACCAGAUUCCAAUGCAGAUCUGUACUCAGUCUGCUGUGGUGACCUUGAGCGCCCAGGACUACUAACAGUACAUCAGGUGUGGAGGUGUGCACUAGUGCUGUGCUUCCACUGUUGGGGUUGUUACUCCAAAAAAA